CUAAGCGAAAGAAAAAGAAAUUGCGAAUGACUACCAAUGAGGGAGGUAUGACAAGAAAGAAGCAACACGUUCAAGCUGGUACUAGUAGCUCAAAUACAGGAACUUUUAAUGAAUCUAGAGAUGGAAACUCAGAAGGCAGAAUCUAUGAUUGCACUAUACAAGAUUCUCAUGGUAAUCGAAGGCGUGGAAAGACCAUUCUAGCAGAUGUGUGGAAUCUGCCUGAAGGGAACCGUAUUGUCAUUGAUGUCAAUAAAGAGAACCAACCCAUUGGAGAUGAAGGAGGUGUAUUAGGCUCUUUUUGUGGGACAAUUGCAAGGAAUGGAACGCUUUGCUCCUUAAGUUUUACAAGAUGGGAUCACUUGAAAAAAGGCAAUAAUCGAAACAACCAAGCCAUCAUACUAAAAGAAGUUCAGGAUCGGUUUCUUUAUCCUAAAUCACUUGACAAAUGGAUACUGAAAUCAAUUGGACAUAAAUGGAGGGACUACAAAUGCGUCUUGAAAGGAAAGUGGUAUGAUGAUGCUAAAAAUAUUACUAUAUUGCAUGAUAACUAUCCUGAAGAUGUAGAAAAGGAUCAAUGGAUUAGCCUUGUCAACUUUUGGAGGUCAGAUGAAGGACAGAAGAGAAGCAAAUCAAGUAAAGAAUCGCAUAAGAAAGCUAAGGUGAAGCCGAUUUCUACCACUGGUACUAAAAGUCAUGCCCGUGUUCGUGAAGAGAUGAAACAACGCUUAAACAAGAGCCCAACACGAACUCAGGUUUAUUUAGAAUGUCAUCAACAUGAAAAUGAAGCAGAAAUAACGAGUCAAAUUAGGAAUAUCGCUGCUGAAAUAGGUGAUGAAGAAGUGAGCUUAGAUGAUGAUCCCG